AUGGGGGAACAAGCAAAAGGUCUAGAAAUUUCAUUCUCGGGAUUUCGACACUCUAGGGCGUGUGCUACGGGGGCCCUGGGGCCCCUGGUGGACCCAAGGGGGCCCCUUUCUCAAGGCAUGGUGCGACCAGGCCUCAGAGCCCUAGGGGCCUGGGGCCUCUGUGGGUGUGGGCGCACGUCAGUCCUUCUGCAGCCGAAGGCGACGCUGCCUCUGCUACGGGGACCUCCGGUCCAGGAAGGUCACCUGCAACGAUCCUCGCUCAAUGACGCUUUUUCGCAGUGCGCUGCAGUUCAGCCCACGCGCCGUCUGCGGGCUUCCUGGAGGAGGCCUUUGUUGCGGCCGCUUGGAGCUGCAGAGGCGAGCGGGGUGCUCUCUGCGUGGGCUCCCAGCGAUCCCCACGAGGGGCCCCCCGCACCGUGGCAAAGGCAGCGGAAGGCCUUCAAAGUCGACGUUUCCCAGCUUCCUCCCUGGCGACGGUGGCAGCCUAAAAGAAGGCCUAGGGCCCUUCUGGGGCGCUUCGGGGCCAAGGGGGAACGGGUGUCUCCUCCUGACGUGGGGGACCUGCUCAGUGCGGCAACUGUCGCCUUCCUAGAGAAGCUGCAGCCGCUGUUGCAGGAGCGCCCGGGGUUUCUAGGGCCUUGCAACACGCGGGAGUGCGUGGAUCUGCAGCUUGAGACGCAGUCUCAGGUGGCUUGCCACGCAGCCGGAACGUGCGCUGAUUCUGCCACGAAGAAGGCCCUGCUGACUCUGCAAAGCGCCUUCAGAGACUCCAGUUCCCUUUUUCAGGGGCCCUCGGGCGAUCUCUCAGGAGCGGCAACCGUUUUCUCGCCUCACUGGUUUUGGAUUCUUCGCGGGGUUACCGGUGAGGAGGAUAACUGCUGGGCAGUCCCUCGCCUUUCCGCCUUUGUGGCUGCGUUUGCACGGCCUUCGCUGGGGUCCUUUCCCCCCCAAGGUGAGGCUACUCCUAUUGCUGGGAGCCCUACUUCAGUAGCGCCUUCUUCUCAGCUUGAGGUGGCCCUCGGAGCCGCAGUUGGCUUUUUCUCCGAAGUUUUUCCCUUCCUUGCCGACUGCAGAGGGAAGGCUGAUCCGAGGAUCGUCGCUGCCUCUCUCCUGCGGGAGAUUGAAGCGCUUAUUCCCUUCUUAGGGGCCUUAGAGGGCCCCGCUGGGGGGCCCUUGUGGGCGUCGCAACUGCUGAUUGCCCUGGGGGCCCCUUGUGGGGAACCACACAGCUCCCUUGAGGAUUCUCAAGCUGUCUCCUCCUUGUCGUGUGGACUGGAGCCGAAAAAAAGCUCAGGCGAGUUAGCAGAAGCCCUCGCGAAGGCUGAGCCCACAGCUCAUGAGGUGCGUCUAGGAAGGCUGUUUCUGAGCUUUCUGGAUCAACUGGGAUUCGCCAUGCAGCAGCAGUUCGAUGCCGCAGGGGAAGACGGCGUUGCAGACAUAUGCCGUGCUCUCAACAGGCUGAAGAGCAAGUACAACAAGAAGAGGAACCAGCAGAUCGCGGCUGCUCUCCGAGCAGCAGCGGCGGCAGCAGCAUCUUCAGAGCAGACAGCCCUAACUUCGUCAACCGCCUUGGGGCCAUGUCUAAGGCCUUUUUCUGAAGUCAUAGAUAUCUGGGAGAGGCCUUUGGGGGCCGCUCUCCUCGCUGAGCUGCCCUUCGCUCUACAGCAUUACAAGUAUUUUUCGCUAAUUGACAUUGGGGAGUUCCUGUGGGAAUGGGCUCCCGAGGGGGCCCCCAAGGGGCCCCCCAUCGGCACGUCUUUCCACCCCCACCCGCUCGUGAGCAGCAGCGGCUCCCGGAUAGGGGCAUGCCCUUUAGGAAGGCCUCUGGGGCAAAUUACCAACGCUGCAUGCGAAGAUGGCCUGCGGAAGAAAAGCGUUGCUCCUGCUGUCAUCGCACUUCAAGAGAGAGUGGCAGGGGAAACAUGGAAACUGAUAGGGCUCAUGAAGUACGGCUAUACUGCCAAGGCGCUCCAGUGGGAAGCUGAUUUCAUUGCCAGGACGUUUGUGGCCGCAGCGAAUGCCGCAAAGACGUGCCUCGGUGCCUCUGCCACGAGGCCUCCUGGCGAGGAAGCGUCCCAAGGGCAUGUAGGGGCUCCCCUGGAAAGCCUUGUUGGCCGUGGGUUUCAUCGUUUCCCCCUCCUUUUUGACGUGACUUCCCCGGAAUUAGUUUGCCAAGUGGUUGCCUCUGCCUGUGCCUUGGGGCUGCCACUGCUGCAUUUGUACCGGUUGGCGGUCCUAAGGGCCUCCAAGGAUGAAGGGUUUUUUCAUCUCGAGCACUUGAUCUCACUUGCCAAGGACCUCUUGGCUGUAGAGUUUCCUAUAGAACCGCUGCUGCAACGAUUCCAGAAGCAGCUGCAGCAGUUGCCCCACUGCUCUCCUGCAGCUGUUGCUUCGCUGGGACUUAUUUUGGGCAGCGGACACCACCGAGACGCAAAAAUUUUGCGUGCGCUCACAGAUGCGCUGACGAAGAGGUAUGCUCUGCUUCCAGCUGCUUGGUAUGAGGCCGUUGACAAGGACUGGGCACUCGUGGUGGCUUCGGCAGAGAAACGCAUGCUGUCAGUGCGUGCGCCAGUAGCAGCAGUAGCUGCAAUAGAAGCGUCGGACUCUGUUGCAGCAGACACAGCAGAGGCGCAAGCCGGCGCUGCAACGGCAGGAGCCGCAGUCACCGCGAGAGGCACGGAUGAUGCCGAUGCUUACGAAGAGGCAGCAGCGGCAAUGCAACAAGCGGAGGCCUCAUCUGCAGCAGCGCGAGUGGAGUUAGUGGCCUCGCAUCUACAGCAGCAGCAGCAGUGGCGACAGCAGCAGGUGGUGUGGGUGUCCUGUGGCUCACUGCCGUUUUCAUCCAUGCCAGAUGUACUGCUCCUGUUGGUGGGCCUUGUCCGCUUGCGCUGCAGCAGCAACAGGUUGCUGCACUCUCUUAGCAGCUUUUUGAGCAGCAGCAGGCAGGAGGAAAUCGAAGGGUCUCAUCUGCCCACCUUGGUGGUUUGCUUGGCAAAUGCAGCCUGGCACUUCUCUCUGGCUCCUUUGGAGGCAACUUGCCGCUCUCUGGAACGCUUGCUGCCAGAGGUGCUGCCGAAGCUGUCAGAUGCUGAGCUGCCUCCUCUGCUGUGGGGUUAUACAUCGUUACUGCAUUACCGCGAACUGCUAGUGGCAGCAGAAGCAGGAACAGUUGAAGCAGGCUCGGAGGCAGCAGCAACCAGGUCUUGUGCUACUGCGGCUUGCCAGCUUUCUCCUGCUUUGAAAGAAGUGUUGUGGCGGUUCGUUGGCAGUGCUAGAGGCCUUGAAGCACACCAUCUGCAUCUCUUACAAGUACUCUCAACGGGGUUGCGACUUUCUGCGUUGCUUCAGCCCUCUGUGCAGCAGCACCCCUCCCUCAGCCGAUUCCAUGCCCUUGUGGAGGCCUUGCCCCUUCCUUCACAGGCAGUAGUGGGCCUGGGGGGAAUCUCGCUGCAGCAGAUGCUGGAGCAACAGUUAAAGCAACCUCACAGGCAGCAGCAACAGCAGGAAGUGUUUGACUACAAUGUGCACGACCCAGAGAGAGAAGUGCUCCCCUUUCUAUACGAUAUGCCAAGCAGGAAAUGGGGGCCCCUGGGGGCCUCACAGGUCGCAGCGCGCACGAAGGCUAUUCAAGAAAUGUUGGAGAGACAGCAGGUGAGCCUUGUUUAUUGCUAA